CUUACCGCGGGCACGCGAGCGGGGGAGUGGCCGGCGGUGCCUUAACUAACUGGCCCGCGCUGGAAAGACCGAGAGAAGCAGCGCAGCCGCGACGAGCGACGGGACGAGACUGUGAGCGCGAUCGCGAUCGUGAACGAGAGAGGAGCGCGCGCGUCUUCGCAGCCAGACAUGUCAUUGAAGGGGAAAGUGGCUCUGGUGACCGGGGCGGCCCAGGGCCUGGGGAAGGGCUUCACCCGCAUCCUCCUGACACAUGGAGCAAAGGUGUCCCUGCUCGACGUAAACGAGGCCGCGGGGGCGGAGCUGAAGCGCUCCCUCGAUGGGGACUUCGGCGCCGACAGCACCGUGUUCCUGCCCUGUGACGUGACCUCGGACGCGCAGCUGAAAGAUGCAUUCAGAAGAACUCUGGAGACGUUUGGCAGAAUAGACAUCGUGUGUAACAACGCCGGGAUCCUCGAUGAAAACGCCUGGGAGAGAACAGUGUCCAUAAACCUGUGCGCCGUGGUGAGAGGCACGUACCUCGCGCUCCAGCACAUGAAGAAGGAAAGCGGAGGCCAGGGCGGGGUCAUCGUCAACGUGGCAUCCGUAGCAGGUCUGGGCCCCCUGCUCAGCACCCCCGUCUACACGGCCACCAAACACGGUGUGGUGGGAUUCAGCCGAGCCAUCGCUGAAGUGUCCAAAGUGUGUGAUUACGGCGUGAGAGUCAACGUGCUGUGUCCAUCCUUCACCAACACGGCCAUCCUGUCGAAUAUAGAGGACGACCGCACGACCGGACAGUUUGCCCGUUUGAAGGACAUCAGUAAAAAGAUGUUGCAAGAUGCAGGCGUGUUGGACGUCUCUGAGGUCGCCGAAGGAUUCCUGCAGCUCGUGACGGACGAGGGCAAAAAUGGCUCGGUGCUGAUGGUGACGAAGGCGGGCACGGCCUACGUGACAUUUCCCCAAGUGGUCAAAGACCUGGUUGCCUCACCUUCCGUUGUGUUGUAGCUGUAAGACCUCCGCAGUUUGAGUGCCUGCUAAGCACCCUGUGGAUUUUCUGUGUUGUGAUGUGUUUUUGAUAACCAGAUGCAUACCCAUCAAAUUAUACAUUUUAUAUAAUAAUAAAAGCCCAUCUUUGGCCUCCCAUGUAUGAUUUCUGUAUUCUCACUGAUAACCAGCAGU